GCUGGACAAGUGACAUUCCUCAAUACAUUCGACAAUUAGAAAAAGUUUAUUACCAAAAUUAAAAGCAAUAUGGCCAAAACCCGUGUUUAUGUUGUUGGUGUUGGUAUGACCAAGUUUGAAAAACCUGGUCGCCGUGCUGAUGUCGAUUAUCCCGAUUUUGCCAAGGAAGCCAUUACCAAGGCUUUAGCUGAUGCCAAAAUCUCAUACAAUGAAGUGCAACAAGCUACCGUUGGUUAUGUCUAUGGUGACUCCACCUCUGGUCAACGUGCCUUGUAUGAAGUUGGUAUGACCGGCAUUCCUGUGUUCAAUGUUAACAACAAUUGUUCCACUGGUUCCAGUGCCUUGUACUUGGCCAAACAAAUUAUUGAAUCAGGAAAUGCUGAUUGCGUUUUGGCUUUUGGUUUCGAGAAAAUGGAACGUGGCUCCUUGUCCGCUAAGUACUUCGAUCGUGCUAAUCCUAUGGAACGUCACAUUAGUGAAAUGUCUGAAUUGGCUGAAAUUGGACCUGGACCAAUGGCAGCUCAAAUCUUCGGUAAUGCUGGCAAGGAACAUAUGAAGAAAUAUGGAACCAAGCCCGAACAUUUCGGCAAAAUUGCCUGGAAAAACCACAAGCACUCUGUCAACAAUCCUUACUCUCAAUUCCGCGAUGAAUACUCCUUGGAACAAAUUAUGCAAUCACCUGUUGUGGUCGAGGGUAUUCUCACCAAAUUGCAAUGCUGCCCCACCUCAGAUGGUGCUGGUGCUGCAAUUUUGGUUUCUGAAGCCUACGUUCAUCGUUUCGGUUUGGAAAACCAAGCUGUUGAAAUUGUUGGCAUGGAAAUGGCCUCGGAUCCUGAAUCCACAUUCAAGGACAAGUCGCUCAUGAAAAUUGCCGGUUAUGACAUGACCAAAAUGGCUGCUCAACGUUUGUUCGCCAAGUCUGGCUACAAGCCCACCGAUGUUCAGGUUGUUGAAUUGCACGAUUGCUUCUCCGCCAACGAAUUGAUUACCUACGAAGCCUUGGGUCUUUGCCCCGAAGGUGGAGCUGGUGAACUCAUUGACCGCGGUGACAAUACCUAUGGUGGUAAAUACGUUAUCAAUCCCAGUGGUGGUCUAAUUUCUAAGGGUCAUCCUUUGGGUGCUACUGGUUUGGCUCAAUGUGCCGAAUUGUGCUGGCAAUUGCGUGGUUUGGCUGAAAAACGUCAAGUUAAGGAUGUCAAAUUGGCUUUGCAACACAAUUUGGGUUUGGGCGGAGCUGUAGUUGUCACCCUCUACCGCUUGGGUUUCCCAAAAGCUGCUGGUGUCGUUAAUAACUUGACUUCUGCUGCUACACACCCCACUGGUGAGGGCUUCAAGGUUACACCACUCUUGAAAUUGUUGGAAGAGGAGAUGCAAAAAGACACAGAAAACUUAAUUGAAAAGGCCCGUGCUAUUUAUGGCUUCAAGGUAACCAAUGGUCCCGAUGGCAAAACUGGCUUCUGGGUUAUCAAUGCCAAGGAAGGCAAAGGUAAAAUCACCUACAAUGGCAAGGACAAAUGUGACGUUACAUUCAUUAUUUCCGAUGAGGAUGUUACCGAAUUGAUGACUGGCAAUUUGCCACCUCAAAAGGCUUUCUUCCAGGGCAAAAUUAAAAUCCAAGGUAACAUGGGUGUAGCCAUGAAACUGAUGAACAUUCAAACUGCUGCCCAAAACCGUUUCGAAACUUUGCGCGCAAAAUUGUAAAUAUUUUGUUAUUGUUUUUUAUUU